AUGAGCAACGUGGCGCUGCAGUCUGUGAGUUCGGCGACGGCGCUGGAUGUGUUCAACACCCUCCGUGUGUUGUCGCCCGAUGGGGAGGCGCACAUACCGCCGUGUCUCUUCAUGGCAGCCGCACGGGAGAUGGGGUAUUAUCCCACCACUCAGGCACUGCAGCGCGCUGUGAUGGAGGUUGUGGGGCGCAGCGGCCGUCGUCUGAACUUCCCGUUGUUUCUGCAACUCUGCGCAUAUCUCGAACCGACAAAGGCGUUGGAGUUCGACGCGGUUCAACGCUAUAAACGUGCCUUUGAUGUACGCAGGACUGGAAUGCUCAGUAGAAGUGAGUUUCGUACAGUACUGACGACAUGCACCGCAACAGAUAUAUCGUCAGGUGAGGUGGAGGCCAUUGUAGAGUUAUUGGACCCCACACACUCCGAGACAAUUCGUCUAGAGGUGAUGGAAACAAUUCUGAUGCAGUAUCUCUCUAAGGAAGCCAUGUUUGCAAGUGAUGCCCAUUACUACACCCCACGUAGUGCACGUAUGGAGCCUGUUUACGCAACGGCCGUACGUAAGGUGGAUGUGGAUUAUCCCUCACUACAACCAAUUACACUAAACUUUAACGAGGAUACCGAAAAGAAGCGGCUCUCACUCCUGGCCACUCACCGAGGCAAUAGUAAUAGCCGUAGCCGUAGCAACAGAAACAAUACCGACAGUAACAGCAAGAAUGCAUUAAACAGAUGGAUCGCCCCGCAGCCAUCAGCCCCAGAGGAGAAUAGCAACAGCAGAGGUGAACCAUCACCCGGCCUCCCACCACCACAAACAACAGCACCAUCACCGUAUACAAGUGGCACCGUAACAAGAGCCACAAGUUUACAACAGUGUAUUACACACCCAGAAACUGGAGCUCUUGUGGUAGUGGGUAAUAAUAAUAAUAAUAAUAAUAAUAAUAAUAAUAAUAAUAAUAAUAAUAAUGGGACCCCCGCAUCCAGUGGGAAUAAUGAGAAUCAAACCCUCUCUGUGAUGGCAAGUGUCGUGAAGCCAUCUGUUGCGGCUUCAGAGAGAUCGCGCGGUACGGAUCUUUCACCUUCUCAGAUUCCACAAACUGUGAUGCCGCCUGCUGAGGAGAAUACAGGCGAGAGAUUGCGGAUGACGGAUGAUAUUCCCUCGAUUGUUCCCAGCAGUUGGGUGGAUGAAGAGAGUACGAAAAGAGGACCAUCUGAGCCAUUAGCGGAGGAGUUGAAGGACAUUGCUCUGAAUACUUCACUCAAUCAAAGCAGUACUAGUGAUGCUUUAUGCGCUAAUGAGGAACUCGCACCCGUGGAGAAAUCUCAGCGUAAAGAGAAUCGUGCUUCCUCGUCCUUUGUUGCAGCUCCGGAUGUUACAAAUGCUAGUAAUACUAAUCUUGAUGAGGUUUCGGCUACCGACGUGGAUGUAGUGCGCAUUAGAAAACCAAAAAAGAAGGGAAGAGAAGUUGAUUGCAACAACUGUUGCCAAAUAUGCUAG